AUGUGUGACAGCAGGCCGGUCCCCAGCGGAGACGUUUACCGUCAGCUGUUCGGGGACGGGGAGCAGGUUCAUGGGUCACGUGGGGACGAGGUUCAGCAGGACUGUCACAGGUUGAUGGGGUCCGAGUUCAGGACAGGUUCAUGGGGGGUCACAGGUCAUGGGGGGUUCAUGGGGUCACAGGGUCAUGGGGUCACAGGUUCAUGGGGUCACAGGGUCACAGGUUCAUGGGGUCACAGGUUCAUGGGGUCACAGGUUCAUGAGGUUCAUGGGGUCAUGGGGUCAUGGGGUCACGGGGUCACAGGUUCAUGGGGUCACGGGUUCAUGGGGUCACAGGUUCAUGGGGGGUUCAUGGGGUCACAGGUUCAUGGGGUCACAGGUUCAUGGGGUCACGGGGUCACAGCUUCAGUGAGUCUGACCCAGAACCAGGAGACACUGGUCCAGUCCUGCACACUGCACCAUUACAGUUACCGUCACUGGUACAGUCACUGGUACAGUCACUGGUACUGGUCACUGACCCAGCUGUCCAGAUCCCUGAAGGCCGGACACAGAGACAGAAGGACAGCCUGUCUGUCUGCUGAGGACAGUAACACACACUGCAGUACAACCAGCAGCAGGAGGCCUCUGCAGGAGCAUCACCAUGACAACCAGGAUGUCUGCAAACUACCGGACAACGUGGUGGUCGAUCAUCAGAGCUCUGACAUCAUAGAACGACUCAUGGAGGAAAAAAGCGAAAAACACAAACAAGCUCUAAAACAGCUGGAGACAGAGCUCACACGCCUCACCCAGGUGUGUGAGGCUCAGGUGAGGACCGUGAGUCUGGAGCUGCUGUCCUCUCUGGAGGACGUGGACCUCAGGUUGAACUCCCUGAAGGACAAAAUGGAACACCUGGAUCUCGUCAGUGGACAGGAGGUCUGUGUUCUUUGGGAGGAGGUGGAGGAGGAGGUGAAGAUGAAGAAGAUCAGAAUCAUGGAGCUGAAACACAAACUGACUGAAUCUGAGACUCAACGAACCCACGAGAUCAGAGUUGUGCUCAAGAAGAACCUCCACCUGCUGCAGAACAUCAGCUUCCUGCCUCCACCUGACGUCUGCAGACUGAUCCACACCGAGGUCACGAUGUUGAAUCAGUCUCUCCUGGCGAACCGUCGCAGCGCGGCUCGUCUACUGCUGCUCCUCCAGGAGGAGAACCUGCAGCAGGAGUCACUCCUCCGUCUGCUGUGGGAGGAGCGCCUGAACCGCUGGAGGAGGAGCAGGGUCACGGGGGUCAUAGACCGCUUCAGGAGUCUGUGCAGCAGUGUUGAGGAGCAGCAGCUGGUCUCAGGUCAGCUGGUCUCAGGUCAGCUGGUCUCAGGUCAGCUGGUCUCAGGUGGAGAAACGUCACAGCAGACGUCCAAUCAGUGUCUCUGUUUCAGCUCGCUGGUCCCGCCCUCCUGCUCCAUCACUCUGGUCUCUGAUUGGUUCAACCGGCUGACAGCCGUCAAUCAACAGAUCGAUGACCUCCAUGCUGACCUCCUCCGUCAGCUGUCUCUCAGGUAUGAACAGAGGUGGAGCGACCGUCUGGCUGAGGUGGAGCUCUGUGAGGAGGAGCUCUCAGCUCUGCAGCUGUCAGAGGAGGAGGUGAAGGAGGUCGUCCAAUCUCAGCUCCUCGCUGUGAUUGGACGAAGCCAGAGUCAGGACGAAGAGCGAUUGGCUGCUGUAGAUCGGUGCUGUGACUCUGUGGCCCGUCGUGCUCUCAGUCUCAGCAGGUGUGUGUUUGUUGUGAUGCGAGGAGCAGCGUUGCUAUGGGAGACACACAGCCAGAGGUUAGAGGGGAGACGACAAGAACUACAGCAACACCUGGACCACCUCAGACGCUCACAGCAGCAGAACACACAGAAGAAGAAGGUGCACCUGGACAACCUGCUGUGUGGACUCCGUCAGGAGAGCAGUGAGGAGGCUCUGAAGACGAGUCUGGACAAAACGCUCCUCUACCUGCAGGAUGUCAAACACAGCUGCAGACAGUGCGUCUCUGAUCAGGGGGAGGUGUUGGAUCGUCUCCCGUCUCUCCUCCUGGAGGAGCUCCUCUCCUACAGCAGCAGCCUUAGCUCCUUCUUUCACCUCAACCACAUCUACAGACCGAGUCCAGAAGAGCUGCAGAACCUCCACCCAUCAUCCACCCACCCGGAAACCAGUGAGGUAGCAGAAAUACAGAAACCAGAGAAGAAGACGGAGGAGGAGGAGUCAGACCCCACCCAGCCCUCUCCUCAUUGGCUGACUGAGGCGGAAUCCUCUCUGCUGGAUCUCAGUGACAUCAUCAGUGAUGUCACGUUUACAUCAUCGAGGGGUGUGGCCUAUAGCGGCCCUGCCUUCAGAUGCCCCGCCCCCGACCUGCCGGACGACCUGCAGCUUGAAAUGCACCUGAGCCUGUUUCCUGUAGAGCUGCUCACACACACACUGAGCAGCAUGAGGACUCUGUUCUUGGAUCACCUGGAGCAGCGUUUCCAUGACGUCCUCAGCUCGGCCGUUGCCAUGGUGACGGACAGGAAGGAGGCGGCGUGUUCGGAGCAGGAGCUCCAACUGAAGCAGCUGAACCCCCAACACAUCGAGACCCACAUAUACCAACCACGCCUAGCUGAGCUGCAGCUCCACAGUCAGCGGGUGGAGCUUCACUGUGAGGAGGUCUCUGGCGUGUUGACCUCCUGCAGGGCGGAGCUGCAGGAGGUGCAGACCUCCGUCAGCAGGAGGAACCAGGAGUUCAUGGUCAGUCUGUCCAACAUUGAGGACGGCGUCCUGACAGCCAACAGCAGCCGACGGAUGGAGGCCCUCAGCUCCACCCUGCAGGAGCGUCUGGAUCAACAUAUCAAAGACACCCAGCGCUGUCAGACCUCCUUCAGACGGACGGUUCAGGACCGACUGGAGCAGCUCAGGAUCAGAACCACUCGGAUCCUCAGAGCCUUCAGGUUGUUCAGUGAAGGAGGAGACUUCUCUCCUCAGGAGGUGAGGCUGUUCCAGAGGAGGCUGAAGGAGGAAACCAAACAGAUCACUGUGACGGAGGAGUCCAUUUACUCUGAGCUGGAGGGGUUUGAGUCCAAGAGCUUGAAGCAGCUGAAGGAGGUGUCGGGUCGACUAGAAGAGAAACUCUGCUUCCUGAAGUCUGAGGUGGAGUUCAUGGAGAAGAUCCAGAACAUCAUCAGCAGCACACGAGUCCACAUCAAGGCUGAGGCAGUCAGCAGUAAACAGCAGCAGGUCGUCAUCAGCAGCCGUUUGGAGAAUCUGAGGAUGAUGAUGGAGAACACACAGGUGUCUCCAGAUCAUUUGUGCUCUCUCCUGUCAUCAGUCAAUGAAGAACUCAGGAAGCGCUGUCAGUACCUGGACUUUUCAUUGGACGCCUCCCUAAAGGAAAGACCCUCAGGUCUUUCUAAAUCCAGGAAGCAGGUCCAGUCAGCCCCCCGUCUUGGUUUACUGCAGACCAGGAGGACAGGUGUGGACCUCCUCGAUGACCCUGUUGUGGGCGUCAUCAAGUCCCUGAACAGGUUCUGUGAGGUCCAGGAUGUUGGAGCAGCAGAGGGAGACGAGAGAGGAAGACCAGCUGCAGGUCAGAGUCCAGUUCAACGACCUCAACAGAAAUGUACCGAGUCUGUCGGUACACUGAGUGGGAGGAAGGGCUGCAGGUCCAUCAGGACUGAAAGAAGGUUCCAGGUUUUUGGACCAGAACCAGAAGAGAACCCACACUCCUUCAGCUCCACACUGAACUCUGUGUUGUGGAGAGCCAAUGACGUCCUGCUGCUGGUUGCUGAGGACUUCUACCGGAGUGAGCGGUAUGGCCUCAGCAGGUUCCUCCUGGUUCCCGACAGUUUGGACCAAUGGGCUGAGAGCAUGCAGCAAAGGCUGCUGGGAUACCAGGAACAGACCAGGAAGUUUCUGAGCACGAGUAGAGAGGAGUUGGAGACACAGCUGUCUCUGUUGGAGAAUCUGCUGCAUUCAUUACCUGCAGUUUUGAUCAGUAACCAUGAGCAACGGCAGGGGGCGGGGCUUAUUGAGGAGGUGUGCAGAGUUGGAAUGAAGCUGGAGGAGACGCUGGCAGCCAGCGAGGAGGACAAGCUUGUGAACGUCCGUCAGCUACGAGUGUCCCUCACAGACGCUGCUCUUCAGACUCUGAACAUCAGAGAGGAGCUCAGACAGCAGCAGCUGCAGAGCGCCAUCUGUUCUCUACACCUGGAACUACAGGUGUGUUUGAGAGACAGAGGGGAGGAGUUUGUGACAUCACUGGCGUCUCUGACAGAGCGCCUGCUGUCUCAGCUGGACGAGCGGCUCUCACCUGAAGAAACCGAGGCAGCACGGCACUCUGAUGGCAACACCAUUACCAUGGCGACAGAGGCUGAAACAGGACGGAAACACUGCACAGCCAGCAGGACCUGGUCUGGUAUCCCGUACCUGUCACCCUCCACCAACAGCAACACUGGCCCACCAUCCAGUGUUACCACGGCAACAACAGCAUCCAUCACCACAACCAAGUGCACCCUGGGACAUCAGGCUGUCAUUGAGCAGAGAGAUGCUGCUGUGAAGAGGUUCGAGCAGCUGUUCAGGUCGGAGUCGUCACGUUCGGACGACGACAAACGAAGAAGACUGAGUGAACUACAGAGCUGGAACACACACUGGAGCCAGCAGAUACACACUCUGAAACACACACUCUGAUACACAGGCUGAUGUGUGAUACCAGCAGCUGAUUGGCUGUUUGCUGUGUAGACUGUGAUGUCAUCACCUGUUGUUGUCUGUUAAUAAACCAAAGA